AUGACGGCUCGUUGUUUCGACCACCGCGCCAUCAAUUUCGUGGCGACGCGGUGGAUUCUUGCUGACCCCACCUUCUCCCUCCAUCUCUUGCUUCCCCCCUCCCACAGCCAGGGUCUUGUUGGUGCUGCUGUUAUCAAAGAUCCCCAACCGACCGUGCCAAGUCCCACACCAAGCACCGUGCGGGUGUCCGUUGGUCCUCCGUCGGCUACCUCCACACCGAAGAGAGCGCGUUCAGGGAAGUGGGCGCAGCAUACCCUGCUCGUCGGAGGCCGCCGACUUUCUCAUUCGAACACUCCGGCUGAUCCACCACCUGCUGCAUCUGCACCGCCAGAGGAAGAUGUGUUCCCGAUCCGCGCGGACACCGGCUCGCCCGCCCUCACCAAGGCGCAGCUGCGGGAGCAGAUGUUCGUGGAGGCCAGCAUCAUGUACGAUACGAGGUGGUCGGGACAGUUCUCCUGGCUUGUGUUCGGAAAAACCAAGAAUGGGUUUCCCUAUGUGAAGUGCAGUGUCUGCAUGGCCUACGGGAAGGAGAACACGAGGUACGCGAGGCAGGGUGAUGACGGAGGCCGUGACAUGCAGACGCAGGCGUUUCGCGCACACGAGCACACGGACGCGCACAAAGCGGCUGUUGACCGGCAGCUGAAGAUUGCGAGAGGCAUCCGCGAGGGGCAGCAAGUGAUUUCGAACUUCAUCAACUCGGACGUCGAGGGCAGGCGCGCCGUCCGACUGUUGCGGGAGGCGCUGGCUGUUAAGGACGCGGCGACGUCCAACCCCGACCUCGGCAUGGUGGACAAGGUGGUGCGCACCGUGGCGGCAAAACUAGGAGAUUCUUCAGUCUGGAGCCAACGGUUCAAGUACCUGCAGCGUGUGAUCUACAACACUAACCUCGAAGUCCAGGGGAUCCACACGGUGUACGAGAUCGUCACGUGCUACAAGUUCCAGUUUUGCCUGUUCUUCCUCGCCGACAUCCUCGCCGACAUGAACGACCUCAACCGCUGUUUCCAGAAGCGAGAUAUUGAUGUGACGGAGAUUGCGAAGACCAUCGAGGCCACCACGGCGGAUCUGACUGAGCGGUAUUUGGAUACCGACAAGCAGUUCGGUGGCGAGGGCAAGUGCUGGCUGGUCGGCUUUCUGAAGCUGCACGGGCAUGGUGGAGGCAAGAAGGUCCGUGUGAGAGGCGUGGACGGGGAGGGACGCCCAGUGAACCAUCUGUACACCAUGCACGAGCGGAAGCUCCCGGGGCAAAAGGUGGGGAGCGGAUACGAGGAGUGCGUGAAGCUGUGCCGCAGUUUCGCCCGCGAUUGCGUGGACAAUCUCAACGAGCGGCUUGAUGACCUGGGGAAGCUGGGGCCGACGAAGCUGUUUCGGGCCGGAAAGUGGCCGAAGAUCAAGGCACAACGGGAGAAGAAGUGCCGUGAGUGGCUUCUGGGAUGCAGCAAAUUCUUCCGCCACCAGCUGCCGGGAUUCGACCUGAAGGCCGCAGAGAGGGAGCUUCCCACAUUCUGUGCGAUCAUGGAGGCGCACCACGAGCUGGAAAGCUUCACGCAGGGACUGACCAACAUUCUCGGGAGCGCGGACUCGAAGAGGUCUAUGAGGAGGAGGCGCCCCGCAAAGAGCGUGAAGCUUGCUGUGGCUGAUCGCGAAAGGAGGGGGAAAGCAAAGGAGGGUGAAGUCGAAGCAGGAGCUGCCCACCAAAACGAUGGGGACGAGGACGAGGAGGAGGAGGUGGAUGUGGAACAGGCCCUGGGCGACGAUCAGGAGCUUGUGGGGGAGGAGGAGGAGGACAAUCCCUUCCUUUCGGACGAUGAGGAUGUGGAGGAAGUGUUCCACAUCGAUAGGCCUGUGCACUAG